ACCACACAAUAACAACAGGAGACGAAUGGCCAGGGAUUCAGACUUCAUUGCCUGGAACUGAUCUUGUUAACUCUCAGUUAGCCUAAACAGUUAAUGAAGCUGCACAAGGGACUACUGCUUAAGUGAGACAAACUGUGAAUAUAGAAAUAAAACAAGGUUUGGUCUUUAUGCUGCAAAUACAUGCAUAAGCAAUCCAGAUGACCUUGGGGAAUCUUUAUUCCAUAAAGGUUGCAUGCCUUCCUAUGUAUGCACAUUGUUUAACGUAAAGGUGUAUCAUUUUGUGUGCAUGUGCUUCUUUGUUCUAAAUCAACUCCCAUAGUGAACUGACCUGCAGGAAAGAAUGUUGUACUUUUACUUCCUUUUGGCAGACUAAAAAUGAAACCUUGUACUGACAGUGAUGUGUGAAAUUAUGCCAAAAUAGGAGUGUUUUAUUACCUAAAUGCUGACUAUAAUGACAACAUGCAUGAGUUCUUGUUCUUAUGUUUCCAAACAUUGCUCAUGUUUAUGUAAAACUUUGUUCAAAAAGAACAACUUCCUGUCAGUAUUCUUGCCAUAGGAGUAGACUAAAGGCAUAGACCGAGCCAUGUUGCAGUGGAUAGUAAUUUAUUUCCUUGUUUUUGUGGCUGCAAGAUUCACAGUAACCAAAACUGUUAGCUCAUUUUCAGAAUGUGAAGGACUUUUUUAUAAACACACGGAACCUCAAGGAUUCAGCACACAAAACACAGUGAAAAUCUGUCAGAGAUUUUAUGGCUACUACCGGUUUGCAACUCUCUACAGUACUGAAUACAGAAUUCCAGUGUACAAUGCCUUCCAGCUAACCUACCCUUCAUUUGAGAGCACUUGGAAUGAAAUGUUUUCUGACUUAGAGGACCACAAUAAGGAAUAUAUUUCACAACACUACAACAAUGUACGGGGCAUUCCAUUCCACUUUUAUGGACUCACACUCACCAUUCCAGCGAAUGAGCCACUGAAGACAAAGUGGUUCUUUGAAACUCAAAGGCACAUCCAAGACAGAAUGGAAAAACAGUUGAAGGGAAAUCAUAUGUUCUUAGUUACAGGGCCGAUCCUUCAGAAGUAUGACUCUAGAAACAAUGACAUUACAGCAGUCAAACAGAUCUGGAUUGCUGGUUGCUACUCUGACCUUGAUGGCUAUGAUUCUACAUUUGCAUACAUAAUAACAACCACUGGCAGUAUUGAAGAAGUCACUCUGUCAGACUUGCAUAACAUACUAGGGGUAGAUACUGCGAUAUUUAUGGACAACUGUUGCAAUGACAACCGUGUCAUAUAUUUUGUCACCUUCUACUUGGAAAAUGUGAUGUGGAUUUUAACUUCACUUCUACCACAGGGCAUUUUUAUCGCUUUUAUGGUAUCGCUGUUCGAGGAUAAUCUGACACAUUUUUUCAUACAAAUGUCUGAAAACCUUAAAAUCUUGAUCACUGAAGCAGAAAAAAAAAUGAAGGGCAAAAUCUUGCAUCAGCUAUCUAUAUCACGUCACAUCUUUAUAUUAACAGCUUUUAUGGCAUUUCAAAAUGACAUUAUUGUUACUUUUAGUAAUCUGAUGGUUUCAGGAGCAGUUUCUGUUCUCAUCUAUCUUUUUAUUUUGGUUGACAGUCAUAAAGUUCAUACAUGGAGCAUAUUUAUCACUGUCAUGGCUAAAUUUCUUUGCGAUGUGAUUCUUUGCGUAGGAUUUGGUUUUGUCCUUUCCUGCCUAUCUACACUGCUUUGCAUAUAUGUCGGGCUAUUUUUUCUAAUUUUGGUUUUAUUUGAAAAAACAAUUGAUGUGAGUUGUUUAACUAUUUCUGUGUUUUUUCUAAAUGCAGUUAUUAGUAAGCUGUCUGUUUAUAUUAUAGCUAGUAACUGUCCAUUAAGGUUAAUUUCAGACUGUGCCAACAAUGUUUCGACAAUUGUACAAUUGUAUGGAGCUGUAGCCAUAUUUGUUGUUCCUUUCUUAUUUGUAUUUACUCUUGUUUGUUUAACUCUGAAUAUUUUAUCAUGCUGCUUUGGGAGUGGUAUAAUUGCACUGCUGUGGUUUAUCUUUUCUUCUGAAAUUGGUAAGUAAAAACAGUACAAUAAAAUAAAAAAAGCA